CGAGGGACAGAUUCGUUUGUUCGCGACACUGCGCGUGUGAUUCCUGGGAGCUAAACAUUGUAUUUUGUGAUAGGUUUUGAUACUCGCUCUUGUUUCUUUGAAAACAAGGUUUCGGAGUGUACUGCGAUAACAAAGGUAGAAGGCUAUCUUCGGCAUCUGUUCCUGUACCCCCCCAUUUGAGGAGUUGAAGCACUGCCUUCUUGUGCGAAUCGCCGACCAUGUACAAGUUCCGGGCCGCCCUAGUGGGCCACAGCUCCGAUGUGCGGGCCGUAGCUGCCGGCAUCUGCCCCCAGGGCAGCGUCAUCACGUGCUCGCGUGACGAAACGGCGCGCAUCUGGACGCCCAACAGCGGCGAUGUCGGCUUCGCGACGGCGCAGACGCUGCGCGGCCACAGCCGGUACGUGGUAGCGGCGUGUGUGAUGCCGCCCUGCGACGAGUACCCGGACGGCCUCAUCCUCACCGGCAGCAACGACGCCAACAUCCACGUGUACUCGCACAAGAGCAGCGAGCCGCUGUACCGGCUCACGGGGCACACGGCCACCGUGGCGGCGCUGGCGGCCGGCAAGUUCGGCACGAUCGUCAGCGGCUCGUGGGACUGCAGCGCGCGCGUCUGGCUGGGUCAGAAGUGCGUGCUGACGCUGAGCGCGCACAGCGCCGCAGUCUGGGCCGUGGCCAUCCUGCCCGGCUCGGGGCUGGUCAUCACCGGCUCGGCCGACAAGACCAUCCUCGCCUGGAAGACCGGCAAGGUCGUGCAGAAGUUCACUGGGCACACGGACUGCGUGCGCGGCCUGGCCCUGCUCUCCGAGGAUGAGUUCCUCUCGUGCGGCAACGACGCCACCAUCCGACACUGGAAUAUAGACGGCAACUGCAUCCACACCUUCUACGGCCAUUCCAACUUUGUCUACAGCGUGGCCGUGCUGCCGAACGGCUCGGACCUGGUGUCGGCCGGCGAGGACCGCACGGUGCGAGUCUGGCGGCGCGGCGAGCUGGCGCAGACCAUCAACGUGCCCGCCCAGUCGGUGUGGGCCGUGGCCUGCCUGCAGAACGGCGACAUCGCCGCCGGCUCCAGCGAUGGCGUGUGUCGGGUGUUCAGCGCGGCCCCCGAGCGGCAGGCGCCGCCCGACGGCCAGCACGCCUACGAACAGGAGGUGGCCAGCACGCAGAUGAGCAAGGCUGACCUGGGCGGCUACAAGGUGUCGGACCUGCCGGGCGCCGAGGUGCUGCUGGCGCCCGGCCGCCGCGACGGCCAGACGGUGAUGGUGCGCGAGGCGUCCGGCGACGUCACCUGCCACAGCUGGUCGGCCGCCGAGCAGCAGUGGAAGAAGGUCGGCGACGUGGUGGGCGCGUCCGGCGGCUCCACCGAGACCUCCGGCAAGGUGCUGCACGACGGCAAGCAAUACGACUACGUGUUCACGGUGGACAUCCAGGAGGGCGCGCCGCCGCUGAAGCUGCCCUACAACACGUCCGAGGAUCCGUGGCAGGCGGCGCAGCGCUUUAUCCACAAGCACGACCUCAGCCAGGCGUUCCUCGACCAGGUGGCCAACUUCAUCAUCAAGAACAGCGGCGGCGCCGGUGUGGCCGCCGCGCCCGCCCCCUCCGCCGACUACUAUGACCCAUUCACCGGGACCGGCCGGUACGUGCCGGGAGCGGCGGCCGGCGGCGACACCAGCAGCGGCCCAGCGGCGCCCGCGCCCACCACGCCCGCCGCGCCGCGCUACUUCCCGCAGGACGAGUUCCUCUACUUCGACAAGGGCAACGUGGACGGCAUGGCCACCAAACUGCGCGAGUUCAACCAGCGGACGGGCGACGGCAGUCACCGGCUGGAGGAGGCGGUGCUGUUGGAGCUGACCAAGCUGGCCGAGCCGGCGGAGACGCCGUCGCCCAACCACCUGGCCACCCUGCUCCGGCUGCUCGACUGGCCCAAGGAGCUGGCCUUCCCGGCUAUCGACCUGCUGCGGCUGGCGCUGAGGAACGCCGCCACCUGCGAGUUCUUCUGCUCGCCCGAGCGGCGGCCGGCGCUGCUCGCCGCCCUGGAGCGCUUCGCCCAGCCGGACUCGCCGCCGGCCAAUCAGAUGCUGGCGCUGCGGGCGUGCUGCAACCUGUUCCGGCACGCGGACGGCGAGCGGACGGUGCUGGAGGCGCGCGAGACGGUGACGGCGGCGGCGCUGGCGCUGCUGCCGGGCGUCAGCCGCGCCGUGGAGGUGGCGCUCGCCACCCUGCUGCUCAACAUGGCCACGAGCCUGCGGCGGCGCGGCGAGCUGGAGGCGCGCGCGCAGACGCUUUCGGCGCUGGGCGUGCUGCUGCAGCGGCUGACGGACGGCGAGGCGCUGUUCCGCGCGCUGGUCGGCUUCGGCACGCUGGCGGUGGCGGCG